AAUGGGAGGAGGACCCAGCAAGCCCAAGAAAGAGAAGAAACCCAAAUCUACUCAGAAGAAGGAUAAAGCUAAAGAAAAGACUAAGAAAAAAGAGAAAAAGAAGAAUAAAGAGAAUAAGCCUCCUUUGAUCAAGAAUGUUUUUGAUCAGUUCAUGACUGAGCAAAUCAAGAACAAAGAAAUUACACCAAUAGAAGAAACAAAAGAGGAUACCACCCAGAAGAAAACAAAAAAUAAGAAAAAGAAGAAGGAAAAGAGCAAAUCCAAGAACAAGAACAAAAAUGUUGCUCCAAAUAACAAUGUCAGCCAAACCAACAAUUUGACAAUGAACAGUCUUGUGAAUAAAAUGAAUAGCAACUUCAAGCCGUUAGGGACUCCAGGAUUCCAAGGUCCGAUCAAUAGUUCGAACAAUAUUAACGAAGAGCAUGACCUCCUCGACCCAUACGGAUCAAAUUUAAAACCCAUUUUCAAAAGCCAAUUGUUUUCAGGCGACAAGCUGCUUUUAUUGUGUGAAGAAAAGUUUUUACCAAAGCCUCCUGAGUAUUGAAACCCGGGAGUCCAAGAAAUAUUCAUGGCUCUGAACCUUGCCAGGACUCACCCAAAGAUGUUUUGUAAAAGGAUCCUCUCUGAGUUGGAGUCAAGGUACACUGACGAUGAGUACACCUGCAUCAGUGGUGUCAAGAUUAAGACCAUCGAAGGUGUCUCUGCUCUUGAGCAAUGCAUCGAGAACUUGCAGCAACGAGAACCAGUGAUGCCUUUAGAGUGGAAUAAAGAUUUGACUGAAGCUGCCAAAGACCAUGUCAAAGACAUUGGCACCAAUGGACUUCUGGGUCAUGAAAGCUCUUCAGGCCUUGGAAUCUACGAUCGAAUCCUCAUGAACAACGACAACCAAGCAGUGGGGAUGUGGGCAGAAAACAUUGUGUUCGAGGUCAGUGAUCCAGUCGAGAUUGUCGCUCUCAUGCUUAUUGAUGAUGGAGAUUCUAUGAAAGCUAGAAGGGAGAACGCUCUAGACCCUGCUCAUCAAAUCGUCGGGAUAUCAUUUGGAAGCCAUGUGUUCAAAGGCUACGUAACAGUGUGAGACUUCUGCAGAGAAUACAUAGAUGAUGACAAGAUGUUUGAGAUGAAGAUGGGCAUUUAUGAUUACCAGAAGGAAGAACAAGACGAUUAAAAUUAAC